UGUCUGCGCCCAUUACAGAAAACAAAUUUGGAAUGAAGACUAUUAUUACGCUGUGUAGUCUUUAAAUCUUUCAUUACUACAGUUCAAAGGAUGUGUAGUCGAAAUUUGCAACAUAUUUGCAAAAAACUUUUAAACACGCGUAUAAAUUCAGUGAACAGGGAUUUUAAGAAAAGAAGCAAAAGUAUAAACUUAGUUCGUAUGGGAUCGACCUUCACUGGAGGCUUCAGCAGAUUGUUUAAAAAGUCACAAGAAAAAGAUUUAAUAUCGCCUAAAAUUGGGGAACUAAAUCUUAGAUAUGUAUUCGUACGCACCUGUGUAGAUUUCUGGAUGGAUAUUCCUGUUGGUGUGAUGUUUGACACUGCAUAUUUUGAUACACACCCUGGAAUCAACAUCAAUCCUGAUACACCGGUGAUAGUAGCACUCCAUGACACUCCUGGUUCACUAAAUGAUAUGAUUCCUAUACUUCAACCAUUUUGUAACCUUGGCUAUAGAGUUGUUGCACCUAAUUUUCCAGAUAGCACCCAUACAAGAGGGAUGAGUAAAUAUGAUGAUACCACAUUUUCUGGUAAAACAGAUGAAAGAGUUACAUUUCUUCAUGAUUUCCUCAAAACUAUUGGUAUAGAAAGAAUUGAUAUGCUUAUUGGACAAGGAAGUGGAUGUAAUACAGUCAUAAGUUAUACAGCUAAUUUAUUAAAUAAACAUGCAGUCAGAUCUAUUGCACUGAUCAGUCCUAUAGGCCACAAGCCUAGCAAAGCUUUAAAAGAGUAUCCUGCUGUAUUGGAGUUUGAUCAAUUGUGGAAUCGGAGUACUUUAUUUAAAUAUCCACUGAGACUAUCACUGGAGAUUUCUUCAUUUCAUAAACUUCCAGUUCUCAGAACAUAUCGUCAAAAGGACAGAUUAAAAGUUAUGCUUCACUUUGCUGGAUUUCAGUAUGAAUGGCUGAACAGCGAUUCCUUUGGUAUCGGCAGUUCUAGUAUGCCCAGAUUGAUGACAUAUAAUUUAAAUAAUAACCUGGUAGAUGAGGAUCUAAUGGAAGAAUACACAGAACUCCUAGGUAUACCCACAACAAAUAUCUUUCAUUGUGGGACAGGUGAACAAGUUAAAUCUGAGAAAAAUGAUAAUUCAGCAUUAAAGUGUGUUGCCUUUGAAGACAAAGAUUAUACAUUGAACAAAUAUUCAGGACAAUUAACUUUACUAUUACAAGAUUUAUUGAAAAAUGUGAUUAAAAGGAGAUGGUGAUUUGUUCUAAACAUUA